ACCACAGUUACAUUCAAAAGGAAGGUUUCUCCCUCUUGUGAGCUGCCACAGUCUUACACAACAGCUAGAGUGUUCCUGAUUUUUUGGGGACAUUUUGACAAAUCUGCCCUUUGGAUCCAAGUUCCAAGAGAUGUGUGGACUUCAGAAAAGUAAUUAAUCAGCUUCAUUGCUUGUGCCAGAAAGACAGAGAUGCACAUGGUUGAGUUCAGCCCAUUUGUCAAAAGAAUCCGUAAAGCUCAUAGGAGCGUUAGUUUCCUUCCAAACCCUGGACAAACAACUUGCUUAUGCAAGCAGAAAUAGAGGACUAUGGCCAAGAGAGUCGCUGUGAUUGGGGCUGGUGUGAGUGGGCUGGCCUCCAUCAAAAGCUGCCUGGAGGAAGGCCUGGAGCCAACAUGCUUUGAGCGAAGCAGUGACAUUGGAGGGCUAUGGAGAUUCACAGAAUAUGUAGAGAAAGGCAGGGCAAGCAUUUACAACUCGGUCUUCAUGAAUUCCUCCAAAGAGAUGUCCUGCUUCAGUGACUUUCCGAUGCCGGACCAUUUUCCUAAUUACUUGCACAACACCAAGUUUCUGGAAUAUCUGCGACUUUAUGCCAAGCGCUUUGAUCUGCUCAAAUACAUCAGGUUCAAGACUGCUGUUAUCAGUGUAGAAAAAACCAAAGAUCACUCAGCUACAGGCCAAUGGAAAGUUGCCACUCAGAGUGAUGAUAAGCAGGAGUCAUUCGUCUUUGAUGCUGUUAUGGUCUGCAUAGGUCACCAGAUAGAAGCCUACAUCCCACCGGCGGAGUGCUUUCCUGGUUUUGAAAAGUUCAAGGGUAAGUAUCUCCAUAGCCAAAACUACAAGAACCCAGAAGGAUUCCAGGGGAAAACAGUAGUGAUUAUCGGAAUGGGGAAUUCAGCAGCGGACAUUGCUGUGGAACUCUGUCGGAAGGCAAAAAAGGUGGUUCUGAGCUCUAGGGGGGGCUCCUGGGUGAUGAGCCGUGUGUUUGACAACGGCUAUCCCUGGGACGUUAUCCUUCACACCCGCUUCAAAAACCUGCUCCUCAAUCUCCUCCCUUUGGACAUUGUGCGAUGGAUGGUAGAAAAGAAGAUGAAUGAAUGGUUUAACCAUGAAAACUAUGGACUAGUGCCUCAAAACAGGCUUCUAUUGAAAGAGCCAGUAUUCAAUGAUCACCUGCCAAGCCAUAUCAUCUGUGGUGACGUGACGGUGAAACCAAAUGUCAAGGGAUUCACUGAAACCUCCGCUCUUUAUGACGAUGGGACUGUGGAAGAGAAUGUGGACGUCGUCAUCUUUGCGACUGGCUACAGUACUAUAUUCCCCUUUCUAGACGAGUCAGUGAUCAAGGUGGAAGAGAAUCGUGCCCCAUUGUAUAAACAUGUCUUCCCUCCUCACCUGGAGAAACCUACCUUGGCUGUCAUUGGCCUCAUCCAGCCCCUCGGACCCAUCAUGCCCACCUCAGAGCUACAAGCACGCUGGGCUACACGAGUUUUCAAAGGACAGAGCGUGCUGCCUUCAGAGAGCACCAUGGUGGCUGACACUUCCAAAAGAAAUGAAAAGAGGGUCAAAUGGUUUGGCACCAGCCGCAGCCAGUCAAUACAAACAGAGUUCAUCGGCUACCUGGAUGAGCUUGCUACCGGCGUGGGAGCAAAGCCAAACCUGAUCAUGCUGCUACUGAAGGACCCCAAGCUGGCCCUGACUGUCUUCUUCGGGCCCUGCACCCCAUUUCAGUUCCGCUUGAUGGGACCAGGGAAGUGGGCUGGAGCCAGACAGGCCAUUCUCACCCAGACCGAACGGAUUCUCAAGCCCACAAAAACUCGGAUUGUGGCCAACUCUUUGGGCUACACUAUGGUGUCUCUGCUGAAAAUCCUUGGUCUUCUUGUUCUCUUGGCAGCCAUUUUUCUUUCCUUUGGCCGGCACUGAGCUCAGCCCAAUAAUAAUGAGAGAUUAUAUGCUAGCAAGCUGUCAUAUGUGCUUUCUAUAAUAAUCAGACUCUUCUCUGAACAUGCAGGCUUCAGUUGCGUUGCUCAGCCAGUUCUGUAUUCAUCUCUCCCACCCGCUCCCCGCAAUAUAAUUUAAGCUUGUUUUUGCAACUGGGAAAAGGUGAAAGGAGGAACCUGGAAAAGAUUGCAUGGGGAUAUGAAACAGGAAGAUGUGUGCAAAUUGUUUUAAAAAGAGAGAAGAAGACAGAGAUGCAGGGUGGGGGAAUAUCUUUGGCAGAGCCAUCCUUUGGUCCCCCUUGUGAAGCUUUUGACAACUCUGUUCCUUUAAUUUGGGCCAGUGUUUUAGACUGCUUAGCCCCCUCCAGAACUUAGAGUGGAAAUACACAUUGUGAACUACCUGGGGAUGCUUAAGUGCAGGAUUUUAUGUGUGGUCCUCAAUUCACAUGCAGGCUGAUCUUGCUCGGCGCUCAUGCAUGCAGGGCCAGAUCAAGGGGGGCAGGGGGGUAGUCUGCCUCCAGCGCCACCAUGGAGGGGGUGCCGGGAGCAGCUGCCAGCUGCCAGGAGCUUGCAGGUGGCAGUGCAGGCAGCCUCCCAGCCCCCCGUUCUGCCUUCCGCCUGCCCCGCAGGACAGGGGUCAGCCAGCUUGCCGCAAGGCAGGCAAAAGGCAGUGCGGGGGGCUGCGAGGCCACCCACGCCAUUCGCCUGCCCCAUAGGAGAGGGGGCGGCCGGCCACCUCCUGUACUGCGGGGAGGCGAAUGGCGCAGGCGGCUUCCCAGCCCCGCAUGAUGCCUCCGCUGGCGCACCUUGCAGGUGGCACGCUCCACCCUGCGUGAUGAUGUCACUGAAGUCAGGGGUCAGACUAGGGUUGCCCUGGGUGCCAGCAACCCUAGAUCCGGCCCUGCAUGCAUGCUGCUUUCACAGAACUCCCUUUGUGUGAUCGCAUCUUCAAGUGAGUCCUCCUGAGUGCAUUGCAUCAAUUCAGCUCUGUUUUUACUGGCUCCUUUGACUUGCCAAUUUGCAUUUCUUUAAGGUGUGAAAAAGUGUCAAGAUCUGCAUUUCAAAGGACGUGGGAAGUGGGGGAAACUGGGAUACAUUUAGCAGUUGAGGAGGAACUGAUAUGGAAUGCGUGAAUGUACUCACGGGGGGAGCAAACUGAAGUGUGACUGUGUGAGCGAGUGCAGGAGAAGUUGGACGGGUGGAAGGAGGUUCACUUGAGCUUCCCUAGGCACUUCACAACAUGUAGAGAGAGACUGUUAGUGUGGGCGGGAACUGGGGAGAAAGGAAGUUGUUGUCCCUGCAGCUCCACACAGAGAAAGAACCUGAGUCAUUAAACCAUGCUUCUGUUUGAAACUAUGCUGCUUCCUUAUUCUGGUGCCUAGCAUUAAGAACAAAACACUCCAGUACCAUUAACUUAAAAUUAAAUGCUUAGACUGCAUUAGAAUUAAAUGCUAUAUUGGUCAAUGCCACAAUAUUAGGUAAGAACUAACCAAGCUGUCAGUGAUAUUUAAGGUAUUUAAUCCUACAAAUGUCAGAUGCUGUUUCUGUCGUCCAGAUUCCUUCCAUAUAUAGGUUUCUCCAUACUGUUUUUUCCUGUAAUCCAGAUUCUCAUAUUUUAUGUGGAUGGACAGAACUAUUUAGCCCAGCAUGAAUUUCCCCCCUCUCUUGUGAUCCUCAGCAAUGUUCCACUGGGGAUCACAGUGGAACAUUGGACAGAACAUUGGAACAGUGGAACAUUGGAUAGAACAGUGGAACAGUGGAACAUUGGAUAGAACAGUGGAACAGUGGCUAGAUCUUCAACUAUCCAUUUUUUUAAAAAAACUUGUGCCAGCAAUGCUGUUUUUGCACCUCCCAAAUGCCACAGAAAUCAAAUAAGGGCUAAAAAUUAAUCUCACUCAAAGAAAGAAAUGUUUGUAUUGUUCAUACAUAUGUCAUCAGCUUGUUGGGAAAGGGGUGUGUCUUCUUGUACUCUGUAAAGGAACAGGGUAAUAUAUAAAUAAUAAAUAUUUCAUUUGUAUUA